AGAAGGUAUUGAUGAAAUGUUAUGAUGGAUUCCUAACAUUAUAAGAAGGUAUUGAUGAAUCACUACAUUCCAUUCAAGCCAGAGAGUUACAACAUGAUUAACCCAAAGCUCUACCUUCCCUUUAUUCUUCUUUUUAUUUUUCACUUAUUCUCUCAUGUCUUGACACAAAAAAUAUCUGAGGUUAGCUAUUAUCUCAUUUACCACCAAGGCGGAUUCAUAGUAUAUCCAACGGGAUUAGAACCAAUUCCUGUGCCGCCUCCGGGUUCACCUCCGCCACCCCCUCCACCUCCAGAUUGGCCGCCUCGUCGGCCGCCGCGUCCACCUCCUCGUCCUAAUUUGCUACCUUAUCAUACAAACUUGUUGGGUUACCAUUCUAAUGCCUUUCAAGGGAUUAAGAAAAACCCCAUAUAUACGUCUCACCUAGUUGGUUACUAUCCUUAUUAUUAUUAUCAACCUUAUUAUAUUCCUUUUCUGGUGCCUUCAACUAGAAGCAAUCACUAUCCUCGUGCCUUAAGCAUGCAAGAUACUAUUGGGGUAGAAUACUUUGACAAGGAUGCCGGAAACAAUUUUUUCAAGCAUCCAACAUUAUUGUUGAAGGAUUUGGAAAAAGGACAAAGACAUGACCCUGCAUAUGUAGUUAGAGAUGAUCCCAGUUACUACUAUCAAGGAGGAAUAAUGGUGUAUCCAAUGGAAAUAGAACCAAUUCCGACAGUUCCAUAUCCAAAUCCACAACAUCCUUCUCCGAUUCCAACCAUACCAAUUUCGCCUCCGUCUCUGCCUCUGCCUCGCCGUCCCCGUCCCCAUCAUCGUCAACCUCCUAGGCUACGAAAAGUUAAACAAAACCAUGAAUAUCAACCUAUUUCUUCUUUGAUGCCUUCAACCAAAAGAAAUCACUAUACUCAUUCAGCUACGUACCCAUCAAGCCUUAAGCAUGGUAGAUUUUAUUGAUAAAUAUGAGGAUGAUGGACAUGAUUACAUGAAGUGAGGCAUUCAGAAGUUGACUGUGAAACUUUCAUGUAUUUGCAUCCAAAACAUCUACCAUGACACAUAGCUAGAGUUAGAAAAAAAAAAAAAAAA